CGGGGCGCCCGCUGUCUGCGGCUGGUUGCAUCAGUUUCCGAGCAUCGAGAGAGCCAAGAUGCGACGCCGGGUUUGUUCCUCGGUACUUAUCCAACACCAACGUGUGACAACAGCAAGAAUUCGGCUGGUGGCGAGUGAGUAGCGAGUGGGACUUUUGAAGGAAGGGGAGGCGAAACCAGUCAUGGGGAGGAUAUAUGUGGUGGAGCUGGAAGGGCGAUCUUACCGGUGCAAGUACUGCAAGACCCACCUGGCCCUCGCCGAGGAUCUCGUCUCUCGGGGUGAAUUUCACAUUGGGAACUCUAGAAGAGAGGAUAAUGCUUUCAGGACUGCACACCGUGGGAGACAUAUUCUGUUGCUGUUGUGGCCAAAGUGUUGGGUGGAAAUAUGAGGCAGCACAUGAGAAGAGCCAAAAGUACAAAGAAGGAAAGUUCGUGCUUGAGAGGGGAUGCAUUGUUGACGAAUCUGACUUCUGCUCCGAGUUCUACAUCGACACUUGUCCCACUGUUAGUGACGGCGAAGAUGCGUAGACUGGUUUUCCGUCUGUACAGUUAGUUGCAUCGGAGUCGAGGUCAUCGGAAAUAACGGAUACUUCUUCAGUAUAUGCUCAGUAUUAUCAAGAAUAAGUGUAGAUGUAUAUAUAUCCAUGUGAAGUUUGUGCUUCUUAUUGUCACUAGAGCACUUACGAACUUCUUUUCUGUAUUCGGAAAGCUUUAAUGUCCUCCCUUCCGAGGAAAACCCGCUCGUUAUGAAACACUCAUUUUCAUUC